AUGCAGGACAAUCACCGGAAGUAUGGAGCCGAUGUCUUACGAUAAUUUAAUCGGUUUCAUUCAAUCAAGCUGGAAGCCGAUUGGCCCAAACCUUUAACUGACGCUUCUGAGGCUGCAGCUGUGAUUGGUUCAUGAGCUCUACCAGACCCAACACACACACAGAGACAGGACAGAGGGAGAAGCUAACAUGGCUGAAGCAGAGGGAAGCGAGUUAACUUCUGGAGGAAUCUUCCAGGAGAUCUUCACGUCCCCGCUGAACCUCACGCUGCUCAGCCUCUGUCUCUUCCUGCUCUAUAAGAUCUUCCGCGGGGACAAACCUCCGGAGCUCGGGGAGGUGGAGAAGCCGCUGCCCAAACUGAAGAAGAGGGACUUCACACUCGCGGAGUUGAAGCCCUACGAUGGACUACAGGAUCCAAGGAUCCUCAUGGCUGUCAACGGGAAAGUGUUCGACGUGACCAGAGGAAAGAAGUUUUACGGGCCAGAGGGCCCGUACGGAGUGUUCGCAGGCAGAGAUGCGUCCAGAGGUCUUGCUACGUUCUGCCUGGAGAAAGACGCCCUGAAAGACGGACACGACGACCUGUCGGACCUGAACGCCAUGCAGCAGGAGAGCCUCUCCGAGUGGGAGACUCAGUUCACCAUGAAGUACGACUACGUGGGCAAGCUGCUGAAACCCGGAGAGGAGCCCACAGAGUACACAGACGACGAGGAGGGCAAAGACAAGAAGGCCGACUAGAGGACGGAGAGAGGACGAGAGAGGACGGAAGCCUCGAUGUUUGUGAUUUCACUGCCUGUUCAGAGGAAACUCCUCAAUCUGUUUGCAUUCUAGUGUUUUGGGACCAUCACAAUCCUGGAUCAUGUGUGCUGGCUGAAUUCCAUUAAUGUCUGUUAAUCUUGCUGAAGGCCGGGUGGCAUCAGCGUCCUGACGUAGAGCUUCGUAGUGCCGUUAGAGUUUAGAUCGCUUUCUGUAAACGUUCCAACAUUUUGUGAAGCCGCCGACGGUUCGGUGCCCUGCAGGUAACACCUCCCUCUCGUCCAAACCUCAGCUCGGCUGAAACAAAUCAUCUCGUCCGGUGGCAGAGGCCAGAUUCACACAGAAUCACACAUUUUUUAACCAGCUAACUUUGCUGCAGCCACAUUCACACAGAGACUCACAAACCAUCAGAGCAAACUGUUCGAGCCUCUAAAGUUUCACUGACGUCACUUCAAACGUUUGUCUUUGACUCGUUUGGUUACGCAGGAAGUCGCUGAUCCAGAGGACUCGUCUGUCUGUCGGCCUCAGAGUCAGAGACAAACCUUUGAAAUGAUUCAAGUGACAGUUUAUGUGAAAGCUUUAGCUGACACCCACCGUGCAGAGGUGGUGCGUUCAAAGUCGACCUGAGCCGAAGUCCAGACGGACUCCGUUAUGAGCAGAGGAUGAAAAAUGUUGGAACUUCCCUUUUCAACAGAGCUGAUUGGACCAAAUGCUGAUGAGCUGGUUUUUAGUCAUUAAAGACGUCGUCACAUACGAUCUCGAUAAACUGUCGGACCACAUCUACAGUUAGUGUCAUGUAAACCGUUUUUCUCUCUGUCCAUCGUCCUAUGAGAGGACGAGGACGUUGUUUAAAGCUCCAGCCCCUCAAACGAUGAGCUGAGGGUCUUUUCCUGACUGAGACCUUUGUCUGAUUUUCACUGUUAGUUUCUGUUGAGUUUUUCACUGUUUGACCGACAUCAUAAAGCUCGGUGACGGUCCAGCAGCGUGUCUGCGUCUCGCUGAUGGCCAGCGUCCUCGUUCGAAGGGACAGAAAUUUGAUCGACACCAGUUUUAGAAUCAGUUGCUCAUUGAAGCAAAAAUCCAAACAAAUCUCUGGUUUCUGCCUCUCAGAUAUAAAGAUUUGAUCUAAUUGUAAUUCAGAUUCUUUCGAUUUUGGACUGAAGGUCGGACGAAACGAGUAAUGUGCAAUGAGUAAAAUAUGGAACCUUCAUUCACCUGCAAGAGCUUCAGGUGAUCACAGCUGUAGUUUAUUACAUGGUGCAGAGGAGGGAAGUGCACAGAGGCUUCAUUUAAAAACAUUUUAGAAGUGUGAUGAAGAUGAUUGGCUCUGGCUCGUCUCCACUCAGCUGAUGUUUGGUUCCAUCCUUUUUGACGUUAAAUCCGUGAUGAAAAGAAUGAAAAGUGUUGAUUUGAGGAAACAUUGUUAGUUUUCAGUUGUGCUGUUUUUCUGACUGGUAAAAUGUGUUCAAUCACCUGUUGGCAGUUUUUAGUUUGCCACCAUUGUCCCAAUAAAAACUGGAGAGAUCGGCCACUUUCUACACAGAUUUAAUGAGGGAACCUUUUCUGAAUGCAUGUACAUAAACUAAACAUCAUGAUACUGGUAUAAUCCUGAAGAUAAGAUAUUUUGACUUAAUAAAGAAAAUUACAGAAACAAAGACUUGUCUGUUUAUCUCAGCGCCUUUAGAGUGUUUUAAUGUGUGUCAUG